UUGGAGUUCCACAUAAAAUGCAAAUACAACAACAAGAACUGCAGAAUAAAAACCAAACAUUCAAGAAAAAGAAUAUUUUUGACCGCUAUAGUGCCAGACACCAGACACCAGCCAGCGGUCAGUAUCAAUUGUGAUAGAAUAACAAAUAACUCGCUUAUAUUCAUAUGUGUGUAUUUUUUCCUCUUUGGCUCUGAUCGUGAAAGAAAAUUGCAGCGCAGAGUUCAACGCAAAGCGGAGUAGUGGAAAAGGUGAGCUGGGAUAAAAUGAGAGGCAACAACAAAACGAUGUUGUUAGACUAGCAUUUGCAAAUGUGCAGUGGCGUGAAUGGCAUCGCAUUGAAAAACGCUGAGCUUAAAGGCGUUCCUAACGAAGAGUGAAAUAAUUAAAAUCAGUUGAUUGCAAGGCAUUAGUGGGUUUAACUUGCGACAGCACUAUCCUGGCAUACUAUUUGCAAAAUCUAGCUUUCGAAUAAAUUUAUUGGUGCAACUUAGUUGACCCAAAGAUAUAUUUACUAAUUUGAAGUUUGUGCUGCCAAAAUUUUAAAUAGGUUUCGGAAAUUUUUUAAUAUCGAAAAAAAAAAACAAAAAAAAAUGGCUAUGAACAAUUUAUCAAUUGAUGGCGAGUUCCGUUACAUCAUACAGUGGUUUAACGAGUGGAGUGAGUUGCAACGUGAUGAUUUUGUGCCGGUCUUGGUGGAGUACCUGCUGCAGGGCGAGGCUGGUGAAGUCUAUAUGAACGGCAUGGUGAACUCUGUGGCCCUUACUGGUAUCCAAGAUAAGCCAAUGAGUUUAUUCCAAUGCAGGAUAAAACUCUUCCGCGAAUGGAAUAAAAAAUGGCCUUUGGACCUAAAGCACAAGUUACAAAAAAAAAUUGUCGAAAUUGAUUCAAAAGUGGGCGAGAAGAUCACAAAUGAAAUCAAAUCGCAUGGCGGCGAACCAUUGAUUAUAGAAACGAAUGGCUGUAACGGUGUUGCUGUAGACACGGAAGUACCUAUUGAAGCUGAGGUAGACAACGGUGAAAAUGCAGCAUCUGAUGUUACUGCUGACGAACUUGCCGAGACGGCAGAGGAGGCAAUCAACUUGGAUAGCCAAAUUGUAGCAGCAUUGAACAAUGAAACACCGGUUGAUGACAAUAUCACAACUGAAAAUGCAACAACAAAUGCGACUGCUGAUACAACCGACUCUGCAGGCUCUGCGGCUGUUACAGCUACGAUUCUUUUGAAUUCUAUUAUUGAUACACAAUUGCAUUUGGAACCUGCAGAUCAAGUUCAAAUGCAAACGCAAAGCGUAUUAGAAGAAAAUAACGCAACCACUGAUUGUAGUGCAACCACCACUGCCACUGUGGCAUAAACAAACAUUCCAUUUCUUUGUGGAUAAGCUAAACAAGAAAUACAUUUUUUAUAUACAUACAUACAUAUAUUUAACUUCACUUUAUCACUGCGACAGUUAGUUGGAACGAACAAAUGUAAACCAGAAUUAAUUACCUACAUCUAUAAAUGGGCUAAUUGACUUCGAUUAUACUUUAACAUUGCGGCCAAUUACCGUUACUGAAAAAAUGAAGACGCCAGAAAAGACAUACAUACAUUUAAAAUGAACUAUUAAUACACAUAACACAUUCGCGUUUGUGUUGCAACAAUAACAAUCGUUGGCGUUUACUCGAAUAGUCGCAAUCACUUCAAACAGUCUGAGGCCUAAUAAACUUAGAUGCUUCUAAGAUGCUUUUUUUUCGGCAAAAGUUAUAGUCACAAAUUUGUAUUUAAUACAAUUGUUUCAAAAUAAAUUUUUUUAUAUUUUUUUAUAAACUAACUGUAACAUUCCAUAUGCAUUAUGUUGAAAAUAACAUUUUCAUUAUUAAUCAUUGACCUAAGCAACUAAUAUAAGUGUGUAUUUUUCUAUUUCAUAAGCGAAUUUAAUAAAUUCAAAAUGAACUGUAUACAAAAUUUUUUGUAACCUAAA